AUGCUCUUGCACCUGAAUCCACGCUGGGCUCCAUCUUCUGGUGGCAAGAAGCGCUUGGAAGAGCAGGCAUGCUGUGCAUUGUUGGUUCCAGUAUUGCUGCUGUCGGCACGAGAUGGCAUGAUUAGCCAUCCAGACUUCGGCAGCCUCGGGCCUGGGCCUGGCGGGCCUUGCCUGGGCCCUGGUGGCCGGGAGGACGAUGAGGACAGUCCUGGUGGUGACAGCAAUACCUCUCUUGCGGUGGCGGCUGGCCGACUGCUGGAUGAGCGUGAGGAGACGCGACCUGUGCUCUGUGCCGCUUCCCAGCGCCUGGCGCUUGGGCGACGGGAAGGCACGUCACGGGUAGCCAUUGGCCCACCGCGGACGGCUAUUCGAGGCCGCAAAGCCGCCUCUAUGCCGGAGGCACCAACGUUAGCCAAUUCACGAGACCAUCUCGGAGGCGCUGCCGCGCUCGUCCGGGACGUCGGUGCCUCGAUGCCAAAGGGCCUCGAGAGCUCGACCUCAGUUACCACGACGCCGCCAGCUUGGUGCGAUCGCAAACCGCCCGAGAGCUCCAGUUCGAGCAGGUCAAAUGCGACGACCAGCGCCGGCACGAGCGUGGUACGUCGAACCAGUGCCCCCAGCAGCGCGGGGUCCACAGUGCUCCGCUCCAGCUGGGUGGAUCGACUUGCAGGGUCCAGUGCCAAUGGAGUGCAUGGGGACGUGUCAGUCAAUGUCCGGCUACGCCCCGGCUCCAACUCGGAGGACGAUCGUUGUGCUGAGCCUUGCCGGGAACUCAUGCACUCGGUGAGGCUGCGCCAAAUAGGCAGCAGAUACGAUCAGCUGGGCGAGGCUCAGUACCAAUUCGACCACGUUUUUCCAGAAGAGGCAUCUCAGGAGGAGGUCUUCAACGUCACAGUGGCACCGAUUUGCGAGGCGGUCAUCAGUGGCUACAACGGCGCUGUGAUCGCUUACGGCCAGACGGGGUCCGGCAAGACCCACACCGUCGUGGGAACCCCGAAGUUUAGAGGAGUUGCACCCAGAGCCAUACACUGCAUCUUCGAUGCUUUGGCGCAAAGAACACUCUGGUCUGUUGAUGUCUCAGUUCUCGAGAUAUACAAUGAGCGCGUGAGAGAUCUUCUGAAUCCUGGAGCUGUGACCCACGUGGACGUCCACGAAGUCCGGGGAGAGCAUGAAGGCGCGAGCUUCCGGUGCCCGGAUGCAGCACGACGACAGGCUUGCACGCCCGAAGAGGCCUUAGCUGCUUUGGCAGAAGGCAUGAAACGCAGGGAGACUGCGCGGACGGACAUGAAUCACCACAGCAGCAGGUCCCAUCUGAUCUUCACACUCACAGCGACCCAACGAGAUCCCGAGAUCGGGGCAACGCUGCGAGGGAGGCUGCACUUGGUGGACUUAGCCGGCAGUGAGCGACUGAAGCGGUCGAUGUCCACGGAGUUCGCUUCUCCACGAGGCCAACCCCUCACGCGACGUGGAAGCGGCUCGGGGCAUCGACCUUGA